UGGGCCUACGAUCGAUCUAGGUACACGACUCGCCGUCGAAGUUGCACUCCCUACGCCACAGCAACUGGGGGGCACUGAGAUUUAUCCCAGGAAUCCCCUUUGUGCCCUUGUUGUGGUGCACGCUUGAUGGCAAACUCUCGGACGCAGUGCACUGAGAAGUCCGUUCUAAUACUUUGCGACGAACAAGCCAGACGACAACCAUCUGAAGCACCCGACUCGUCUGGAAACAAGAGAUUGACUGUCAAUAACGGAUCUGUCGCAAACAAAACCGUG